CGGCACUAAUCAACUUCAUGUAUGGUCGCAUUGACGCGAGUGUAAAAUUAUCGUGAAAUGGAAGCCGUUCUUCGUCGAGCGGGUCUGCUGCCGGCCCAAACAAAACGCGUGGUGGGAACCGCGUCAAGCGGCGAUAAUGCCGCCGCGGCUGGUCCGUCGCAGUCGAGUGGCCGCACUCGAAGGCCGCAACCGAUUUACGUGAACGUUACGCAUAUUUCUUCCCGCGCGAGUGUCGCGUCACAUUCUUCGGGCGGCGGCGGCAGAAGAAGAAGACGCCGCCGCAACCGCCAAUCUAACGCGGGCGGUUCGACGAACGGCGGCAGAGGUGCACGUGUUGAACACGCCACGGGGUUUAGACAAAGAGCCUUUGCCAGACUGAGGAUGCUUAAUUUAAGGUUAUUUGACGCUGAUUCCAGUGCACAGAAAACCGGCAAUAGGACGAGAGGUAAUCUGAUAACACGUCGCCUAUGCAAGAACCGGCGCGAGGAUAACGAACUGUAUCGAUCGAACAGUUUCAAGUUUGAGAGGUUCGAGCGGCACGAGGUCAACACCGGUGAGACCGCGAAUCGCGUAAGGAGACAGAUUUCACUAUGUGACGACUACAGUCUUCCCGUAGAUUUCGUAACCCGUCGCCAACGUGGUUUCCAGGAGUACGACGAUCAAUCGAACGCCCCACCGCAGCAACAGGGGGUCACUUUUGCCGAUGAGCAGGUCGUAGAAGUCCUCGAGACAUACAGCGACCCUAAGGAUACAAAACACCGCCCUGCGACCCACUCUCUCAGUAGACCGCAGCCGCAGCUCCAGUCCAGGGAAGAACUUGACGAGGUGCUGACAGAACCGCCAUCCACUAUCGCGCGAUCUAGGUCGACACACUCCGAUGCAUCAUCAAGGCCACAAUCAUCCAACGAGGAGUACUCCCAUUCCAUCGACCACGUACCUUGCCUAAAUUCUCCUGACAGCAUAUCUGGUGACUUGGUCCAACAUUUUGGAGAAACUCCAUUACAUACAAGACCCCGCACUAAACGUGAUCCAUCACCUUACUACUACUCAGAUUUACUUCGGGCCAGGUGUAAAGAAGUUUUGGAAAAUAGUCGAAGAAGAGAAUCUUCCGGUAGUGACUCGUCUUGUUCCGAAUGUACGAGACGUCCAAACAAACCGAUGCCCCCUCUGCGUGAUCAUUACGCUGAUGAGGAUGAUCUCGAUCCCAAUUCCUUGUUUUAUAUGCUAGGUGGUCACAACAUGACGACGAGUACACGUAGAUUGUACGAGACAGCAUUUGACUGUCGAGUUACCAGAACAGAAGAAGAUUUAGAUGCCGUCACAAAUUGUACAGUGUUGCUUCACCAGCAACAAAGGUUGACGACACCUGCGCAGAGGGAACGACGCAAGAACAGGGAAAAUGAGCGGGUUCCUGUGAGAGAACUUCAAGCUUUGCGUAUUGUAGAACCUGCAGAAUCUGAAGAAACCACAAGAGAUUACAAGGCUUCUCCUCCAUCUACUGCGCCCUUACCUACAAAAUUCCAUGGCCGUGAAUUGCUGAUGAAUAGCAUUAGAAGCGCGCCAGAUCUCCAGCCGAGAUUAAAAGAUUUACGUCUUCCUAUUAAAUCAGCUCAAUACAAAGCUCGACACGAACGUAUUAUGGAAAUCAAAGGCAGGCCCAAAACUGAUUCGAAUAAGUUUUCGUCUACAGAAAGCAUGACAGCUAGCUCAAGUGGCGGUUCUAUGGACUCAUUGAGAAGCAGUACCAGUGAAGGCAAUAGGAGCAGUACAAGCUCUGAUAGUCGAAGGUCUAGUUCUUUAAGUUCUCAUAGUUCUGACUCUGGUCACAAUCAAACGCACAUAGAGCCAAGAACAAGAAUCCUUCAUAUCCUAAGUCCAAUCUCUGACAAAUCAUCUCAAGAACAAGCAUCUGAAACAUCAGAUAACAACCGUAACAAUAACUCACAAAAACCUUCUCCUGAUGAGGAUAUUGCUAAUUGUACAAACACUGAAAAUUUAACGAAUAAAAUUAAAAGAAGACCUCAAAAUAAAACGUUGACAAGUACCAAGCAUGAAAUUUUGGGGUCUGACAGUGGUAUUUCUAUAAGAUCGAGAGAUGGAGGAAGUGCAUUCAGAAAUUUUGCAUCUUUGAAGUUAGGGAAUCAACAUUCACACACGGAUAACAGAAAUGAUUCGCAGAUGAUGGAUUCACAAAACGCGGAUUUGCCAUUUGAUAUGCCAAAAUUACGCAGGCGUAGGGCACAGCAGCAGCAGAUUGAAGCAUGUACUUCAGGGAGUGCAACAUCUGUAGAUCUUCGUGACUUACCUUUUGAUAUGCCAAAACUGCGAAGACGUCUAAGAGGCCAAAAUACACAACAUUCACAUAGUACAGAGUCAAGUGGAGUAUCACAGGCGUCUUCUAGUCAAAGUGUUAGAGAUGGUGAACGACCAUCACUUGGUGCAUCUAUGUUCAGAGAGAAAUUAACUCUUAAUCUGAGGUCAGAUGGAGCUCCAAAAAACUUAGGUCUUGAUUUAGCACCACGAAUUGGGUCAAUGCCAAGGAAUUUAAAUUUAAAUUUAGGUUUAUCAAACUCUGGUCCGGUGGAACUUGUUGACUCUUCAAUACCUUUGGAGAGGCAAGGAUGGUAUCAUGGUGCGAUAACUAGGGUGGAAGCCGAAUCCGUCCUAAGACUAGCUGGUGAAGGAGGAUUUCUGGUUAGAAAUAGCGAAAGCACACGACAGGAUUAUUCACUUUCUUUAAAGAGCGUAAGGGGUUUUAUGCACAUGCGGAUCCAGCGCCAACCUGAUAGUGGAUAUUACGUUUUAGGCCAAUUUAGCAAACCGUUUCCGUCCAUCCCCGAAAUUAUACAACAUUUCUGCAAAAACAGACUUCCAGUUCGAGGAGCUGAACACAUGUGUCUACUGCAACCGGUAAACGUGCAAUUGUUGUAA